ACAAAAUUGAAAUCUUUGGCCGAAAAUCGAGAUUCCGUUUGAAAUCCGCAGACAUUUGAAGACAUAAUUGAGUGGACAAUGAGUGGUGAUGUGGAAGCGUUCGCACGACUUCUUCAGCAGUCGUUCACACGACAGGACGGCUCGCAUCUGAUCCAAUUGGACCAAUGGAUGGCCACCUCUACCAACGUCUACACCGAUGUCUUAUCACUCGUGAGCCACUUGUCGGCCACUAAUCCCAGACUGAGUGGCAUUAAGACAUCGCUUCCGUAUAUAGUGGUCGAGAGACUGCAGCAAUACGUGAACUCUUGUGCCAACGGAUCCCAAAUGACGGCCAACCUGUUGACGCAAACGGUGUGCAAGAAUGCCCUGAACUUCGCGCUCAAGAAGAAUAACAAGACAUGGGUUGACAUCAUUGUCGAUGUGUUUCAUCUGCAGAGUCUGAGUCGCGAGGAUUUGUUGGCAAUUGUGCGCCAAUUGCUGUUCGAGAAGCGCUUCUUCGACGCCUCACUCAUUGUCGUGAAGUUCGAGUUAAGGGAUCACUUCGAUGUCACCGAACUCCUGGUUCCGCUACUGUUUCAGGAUAAGCUGACAGUAGUGGACGACUACAUCCGCGGCCACGAGAAGACACACGGCUUUGAGUUCUUAAAGUUUUUGGACAAAUGUAUUGUCGACCGGAGUAUCGGUGACACGAUUGGCCAACAGAUACCCAACGCCCGCAGAGACAAAAUGGACCCCAAAAUGCUGACCAAAUUGGUCGCUCGGCUACUAAAGCAGCACCGGAUCGAUGAGAGCGCCUGUCCUAACAUUGUCUCACAACGCAAUGGCAAACAACUCAAGUAUCUGCUCUACAAGAGGUUCAUCGAAGGCGGCUUUUCCGAUGGCUCGUGGCGUGAGAUCAUUAUCAACACAGUGGCCGACAAUAAAGAACUUCAUGAAGAGUUGAUUUAUCAGGUCGUGUCGUACGGCGACUACAACGACGCCUUCAAAUGGGCCCAACAUUUCGAUAUACCGGUCGACCGGCGGCCGCACUGUAUAAUGAAUAUGACUGAAAGCGCGGCACCGGUGCCAACCGAUUCGUGGGACGGUUGGGGCGAUGAGGACUUGACCGACAAUUACCACUCUUUGAAGCUCUCAUUACUUGAUUCAGUCGUUUGGGUGAACAAUGAUCUCAAAUUCGGGUCUUUUAUUAAACACAUCACUGAAGGCUAUCAAAUGAUUGGAAUCGAUGGCGAGUGGCCACCAUCUCUGGGAUCAAACGCUCAGAAGUUAUCGAUACUACAGAUCGCGUCGUGUGAUUCGUGUCAUAUAAUUGAUAUCUUAAACUUAAAUCAAUCAAAAAUGGGGACUCUAUUCACGGAACAAAUACUGAACUCGAAGUCAAUACUAAAACUCGGUUUUGGUAUUCAUAACGACUUGUCUCUAAUCAAGGAGUCGUUUAAUAUGAGCGCAAACUUUAGGCCACAGAAUGUGUUGGAUUUGUCCAAAUUCAUGGAAUAUAUAUUGAGUGAAUUCACGGAUCUUAUCGCCGACACAGUCAUAGCUGAGGCCCGAAGAAAAGACUUGAAAGGGUUGUCCAAAACUGUGUUCAUACUGUUGGGCAAAGCGCUCAACAAAUCGGAACAGUUUUCCGAUUGGAAUCGGCGGCCAUUACGCGAAGAUCAGGUGAAAUACGCGGCUUUGGAUGCCUUCUGUUUGGUUGAAGUGUUCAAUAAAUUGAAGCAAUUGUUUGAAGAAAAGGGCUAUAAUUUCGAGGAAUUUGUGCACAAUUUUAUUGCCGGAAAACUACAUAAAACUAACAAACAAAUCAAGGAUAAGGUCAACGAGGGUCAGCCAGAGAUCACAUACCCGCCCAUUAAUGUCAAGAACUUUCGCUGCGUCUGCGAUACUAUGCUUCAGGGUUUGGGUCGUUAUCUGCGUAUAUGCGGCGCCGACGUCGAGAUACUGGAGUCGACCGACAAUCACGAUAUCCGCCGCGCGUAA